CACCUUUUAAAAAUAUAUGCAUAUUGUGAAGGUUUGCUUUCAAACACGAACUAUUAAUAAAAAAAUCGAAAAUAAUGUUUCUGUAUUAGCAUUAACGAUAAUUAAGAUAAGUGAUUCAAGAUGUGAGUGGGUUCGUCUUAGAAAUAAUAAAUAAUUAACCAGUGAGAUAUGGUAGGCAAUGUCAUUAUCCAGUGAGCGGCAGAGCGUGCCGCCCUCCGUUACGCCAGUGCCUCGGUCAGCAACCUUGUUCGUGAUCUAGCUGAGACUUGUGUUUAAGAUUUAUAGAUCGGCUCCUGAGGUAUACGUCGACUUAUAUUGAAACAAUUUCAUCUGCUAGUAGAGCUACACAGACGCCGAGGACAAUAUUUUCUGGUUAAAUCGUUUUGAAUAGCAAUCAAAGUAACAUAAAGCGCUUUCCUGGUUUGCAUAUUUCACAUAAGAAGCAGUGGAAAGUUAUUAUGCCCAAAUAUAUUACCUAUUCAUCGUCGGCCAGCUCCCGAGACCCGGCCGAGGGAAGUACAAUAUCCGUGAUGAGGAUUUAAAAGGCUCCAGUCUCGUUAGUUCUGCGGAAUGAUCUCUACCAUGAUGAAUCACAUAUUGUUGCUUCCUCGAAUCUAAAACUGGUUCAUCGAGGCACUGGAUUUGCGUACUAGUAAAAAUUAGAAAAAAUGUGAAGGGCUGGUCAUCAUCUGCUUGGACACCUCUAACGAGACGAAACUUCUUAGCAUUUAAUGGAUCCACCGUGCGGGUGCCGUCCGUCGCGUUGCAGGGAGAGGAUCUUCAACAGUGCCUGGGACUUGCGACCCAGGUGAAGGUUCAAGGGGCGCCUAUCUAACGUGCGUUGAUCGCUCACCUCCACUAAAGCAAACACAUUCCUUUCUUGUAAAAUGCUGAUAAAAGUUAUAGCAUUAUUUCUGUUUACAAAUUCAGUUUCAUCUAAAUCAAAUGAAUUAGAAGGGAGGGUAGUCAGAGGAGACGUGGUGUCGAUCGAGGAAUUCCCAUAUUCAGCGUUUCUGUUGAUGGGUAGAGAGAGAGGCAGCUUUAUAUGUGGUUCAUCCAUCAUCAAUCAGAGAAUUUUAUUGACGGCAGCACAUUGUAUCGAAAUAUGCAAUCCCAAGUGCAAGAACGGAGCGGCAUUUGUUGGAAAUGAACAAAAGAGGAUGGGAAUCAAAAUGACUAUAACAUUCGCAAAAUACCACCCCAGAUAUAGAACAAAUCGUGUGCACUUUGAUAUAGGUCUUGCAUUGCUUUCUAGAUCUAUAAAGUUUGGUAAAUUUGUUAAACGAGUUGCCAUUUCAAGGCGUCCGAGGAUAAAAUCUGUCGCUGAUAUAGCUGGUUGGGGUUUAGUUGAUGAAAUAAACAAAUUGUCGACAGAUUACUUGCAUCAUAUAACGCAAAAGGUGAUAAGUUAUAGUGAUUGUAAGGCCUAUAUAUCCAAUAUUCCUCCAGGCUCUUUCUGCGCUGGUGAGAUUAAGAGCAGGCAGUUUGCAUCAGAAGGGGACUCUGGCAGUGCUUUAAUAAUCAACAAGUACACGCAAAUCGGUAUCGUGUCUUAUAAACGGCCGGACAUAUCGGCCAGUCUUAUUGUAUAUACAAACGUCUCAUUCUAUUACGACUGGAUAAAACAAACUUCGAGAAAAUUGUACUGCGACUAUUAACUUUAAUUAAUAAUUGAUUCAUAUAUUUUCUAUUAACUAA